UAGUUCCCCUCUAGAAUUUGUUUACAUAUGUAAAACAAUAUGUGUAUUAUACGUUUCCGAAUUCCACUGUUUAAGUAAAAGUAACAUAUAAAACUGAAAAAUACAUAUGAAAGAAAUAUCUUUAGAAUAAUGUUUACCAAAAUUUUUGUAUUUGGAUUAACGCUGAUUUACGCCGUUGGAGCAAUUGAUAUUUUGGAUAUAGAACGUUCAAAGAAAGAAAAGGAAUGUUAUGGCUCGAACAUGGGGUUCAGCUUUUCUGGAACACGCGAAUACCAUUAUGAGGCUUUACGCAGACGAUACAUCGGAUGUACUCAUGUCCAAGGAAACCUGGAGGUCACGAACUUAUUUGACAGUGGAAAUAUGACCUUUGACCUUAGUUUCCUGUCAACAAUAAAAGUGGUGACUGGUUACGUUCUUAUUGGUCUGUUAAACGUAGAAACUGUGCCGUUGACAAGUUUACGUUUAAUAAGGGCUGAUCGAACGCUAAAACUUGGAGAAAAGAAAUAUGCAUUGUUGGUGGCACUUACUUCGGAGGGGCAACCAACUGCUGAUAACCCCACCCCCGGGCUGAAGGAAAUACAGAUGCCAAGCUUAAGAGAAAUCUCGCAAGGAGAAGUGCUAUUUACCCAGAAUCCGUUGCUGUGUUAUCUAGACACGAUCGAUUGGAGCUCUAUAACGAAAGGGGGAGUUGAGCUGAAGAACAAUGCAAAUCCAGAAAGUUGUCCAGGAUGUUCCUCGGACUGUAACGAUGUUGAUGGUGUUGCUCAUUGUUGGGGAAGAGGACUAAACAUGUGUCAGAGAGUUGAGCCUUUGAAGUGUGACUCUACCUGCAAAGGAAAAUGUUUCAAGGAAGGAAUUCUCGGAUGUUGUCAUCCACAGUGUGCCGUUGGUUGUAGAAGUGGGUUGGAUACAGAGUGCGAGAUGUGUAAAAAUUAUCGACAUGGACUUAGAUGCGUGCAACAGUGUCCCGAAGGAACAUAUCCAAUUGCCCAAGAGUGUAUCGGCUUCUGAUGAAGAAAAUUGUAUCAUUCAUUAUUCAAAUAAACAUUUGGUUGAUUCUUUUUCCAUCAAGUGAAAAUCCUGGCCCCGUGUUCACUAAGAAAAGAUCAGGAUCAGGAUCAAGGGAUCCUUAUUUUAUUUUCAUUGUUUUAUGUUACUAAAAUUAAUCGUAUUUUGCUAGAAUUAAAUGGUAAAUAUUCAAAAUGUAGAACAUUGCUAAUUUGCAAAGAAACCAAACUUUUUUGGGAUAAAAUCAACAAAUAACAAAACAAAUACAAAAAAAAUCGGAUCAAAAUAAGUAUCAAUUUUUAGGAUCAGGAUGAAUAUUUGGAUCAACUGUAAAAUGCCCAUAUCUUGCAAAAAUAACAAUAAAAUUAUUCUAAAAUUUCAUAGGUCCAUUUUAUCAAAAUAAUGUAAGAUAUUUAAUCUAUGAGGAUAAACAAUGAAGAAUACUAGAGUUUUAAAAUUUGAUCCUGAUCUUUUCCUGAUCCUUAAAUCUUUUAGUUUAAACAUAGUUUAUUUCAAACAAGUAUACACAUUUACAAUUUACAAAUAGAACUUUACAACACAUGAAAUGAAUGAAAAAGGAUCAGAACCGAAAGCUGAUGCUUAUAUAUAUAGGUCUUAUCCUAGUUUUUAUUUGCUAAAUAUUGGCAGUGUGUAUAUGUGUGUACAUGAAUAUGUUUGAAAGUACAACGAGUACUUGUUUUAUAAGAAUGAAUUUUAUGGUAUACAAAACAUAUGAAUUUAAAUCUUUGUGAACAGGGGCCUGAUAUAACACAUAUAGUAUGAUUACAUAUAACAAAAGUUUAUGUUGAUGAGUUUAAAUCACAAGCCACUGACUGAAGAAAAUAUUUAAACCAGACAAGAUGGAUUACUAAGUGUAAAGACGUUACUUUGAUAUAUGUGAUAUUGUAUUUUGUAUGUUGUGAUAAAAAAAUCACCUAAAAUAUUAUUAAUAAAAGACUAAAAUUACAA